CAAUGUUCAAGAUGGCGAGCGACUGAUCUGGAGGAAUCUUCCCACUAAAAUCGAUGAUCUCAAUAUGGCAGAGAGGAAACUUACAGAUGCACAAAAGGCUCGUAUUGAGAGGAAUCGCCAAAGGGCGUUGAUGCUUCGCAAUGCAAGGCUUUCCAAUCGACCUUAUCCAGAAAUGAAAUUGCGAGAUGGCGAUGCAUCCAAGGCUAACAGUAGCAGUGAGGCCCCUGCGACAAUAUCUCGUGUUGUUGAUACAGGGGGUGGGUUUUUAUUAGACCCGGAGGAAGAUGAAAGCCAAGGAGAGAGAAAUAAUCUUGUUAGAGAACCAGCACCCAUUCUCUAUGGAGAUCAGCUGCAUUGCCUUGAAUGCCAAAAAGAAUUCCUGACAUCAUACAUCUACAAAUACUUCGAGGUUUAUGUUUGUGAUAAAUGUAGAGACCCUGAUGAAAAGCAUUCACUAAUAACAAAGACAGAAGCUAAGGAGGUGUGGAUCUGUUUAAUUUUCAACAAAAUUUACAAAAGGAUUUCUAAGUAUUCUAUAAACAGAUAUUUACACAAAAACUCUUACAGGUUUAGGUUUUGAUAUGAGUGGUACUAACAUUCUUUGCUGUAGAUUGUUGAACGCGCUUUUGAGGUGUGGGGAGGAGAGGAUGGUCUUGAAGAAGCUAGACAAGGCAGAGCAGAGAAGAGAGAAGUUCAAAAACAAAGAAAAUUUGACAAGAAAGUUAAAGAGCUUCGUCGUGCAGUAAGAACAAGCACAUGGAAGAAAGAUACUAGUAGACACCAGCAUCAAUUUGAGGAAGAAGAAGAAUAUAAUGAGGAAACUGAUGAAUGGACAAAAACAUGCAAGACAUGUGGUUAUCAAUUGACUUAUGAAAAGAUGUGAGACAAACAAAGAAUAAAACAAUGUAUUUAUUUCCUCACUAUACAUGUAUAUAAAUCUAAUUUAUUACAGCUUUAUUAAGCUGUAAAUGUUUUAAGUAUUGUCGAUUCAUAUACAUUGCAUUCCAAGACUGAGUUUAAGGUCUUGAAAUGAUAGGUUAGCUUGUAGGCAAAUGAAUAGAGUAUGUUGAAUUCGCGGCCCUUAAGGGUGAAGGGAAUUGGGUUUGAUCUAUAAGUUGCAAUCAUAGACUUUAAUCUUAAACAAAUGCAAUGUAUUAUUUGAACAGGACUUGUCAAAAAUGAUAGAAAAAUGUUAGUCCAUUGCAAUACAUAAUAUUUUUUUUAUGUUGCUCAAAGGAAAAAUGUAAUGUGUAAACUUGACCCUACAGAAUUCUGGUUGAUAUUAUAAACUAAAAAAAAAA